AUGGAUUCAAACAAUUCAAACAACCUCGACAAACUUUUUUGGGAGGUGAUUGAAGAAGAACUUAUGGACAACACAGAUGAAGAACUAUUGUUGUCAAUGCUCGAGAAGGAACGUCAAUCUGGAAGUUCAUCAAGGCGAAAAAGAAGAUCAUUGAUAGAUCAGAAUCGUGAAGAAGGGAAUAUACGACUAUUUAACAACUACUUCUCAGAAAAUCCAGUGUACACGGAUCCCCAAUUCCGCAGAAGGUUCAGAGUGCAUAGGCAUUUGUUUCUUCGAAUUGUAGAAACCCUUGGAAAUCAUGAUGAAUAUUUUCAAAUGAGGGUCGAUGCAACUGGUAAAAUGGGUCUUUCACCAUUGCAGAAGUGUACUUCUGCUAUUAGUAUGUUGGCAUAUGGAUCUUCCACUGACAUUGUAGACGAAUAUGUUCGAAUUGGUGAAAGCACUACAAUUGAGUGCUUAGAGAGAUUUGUAAGGGGCGUGAACGAGGUAUUUCGGGCCGAGUAUUUGAAAAGGCCUAAUAACAAUGAUGUUGAGCAUCUUUUACAAAUGGGGGAGUCACAUGGAUUUCCAGGCAUGCUAGGUUCCAUUAAUUGUAUGCAUUGGGAAUGGAAGAAUUAUCAUAUUGCAUGGAAAGGACAGUUUUGUCGAGGUGAUCAUGGUAAACCCACGAUCAUGCUUGAAGCGGUGGCAUCACAAGACUUAUGGAUUUGA